AUGAUCAUGUCGAGAGUUGUGAUUACUGGGUUGGGUUGUAGGACUCCGUUGGGUCACUCUGUGCGGGAAUCAUGGACCAACCUGCUCAAGGGCAAGUCUGGUAUAGUUCCUGUCACUGGGCUUGCUGAUUAUGAGACCGAGUUUAAAGAUGUUAUACCGAAGACAGUCACCGUAGGUAAGAUUCCUGAGGGCUCAGUGGAACCAGAGGGCUUGAUUACGGAUCAGGAUCGGAGAAGGUGUGCGAAUUUUACUAGGUUGGCACUCUUGGCUACUCAUGAAGCGUUAAAGGGUGCUCGUUUACUCGAGGACGAUCUGACAGUCACUUCUGGGGUGGAUCUCGAUAGGUUCGGUUGUAUCAUCGGAUCGGGUAUAGGUUCUAUUCAAGACAUUUGCUCAGCGACUCAGACACUUAAUAAUGGUAAGAAAGUCUCUCCAUUGUUUGUUCCAAGAAUUCUCGCCAAUAUGGCUGCUGGGAAUGUGUCUAUCAAAUUUAAUCUACGAGGCGCAUCCCACUGUGUAUCUACAGCGUGCGCUACGGGUAAUAAUGCCAUCGGGGAUGCUUAUAACUUUAUUCGUCUAGGUAUGCAGGAUAUCUGUGUUGCUGGAGCCAGUGAGUCAUGCAUAAAUCCGUUGAGUCUCGCAGGGUUUAUUCGAGCAAAGAGUAUUAAUACAGAAAAUGGUGUAUCAAGACCUUUCGAUGCCAAGAGAUCAGGGUUCGUUCUGGGUGAAGGUGCUGGGAUCGUUGUGUUGGAAUCGCUUGAAAGUGCCAAGAAACGCCAAGCGCCAAUCAUCGCAGAGGUCAAAGGCUACGGGUUGAGUAGUGAUGCUUAUCACAUCACUUCGCCUUCACCAAAUGGUGAUGGUGCUCGUCGUGCAAUGCAGAUGGCUCUCUCGGAAGUUGACCAUCGUGAAGUUGGUUACGUCAAUGCUCAUGCCACUUCUACGCUACUUGGCGAUCGCGCAGAAAGUCUCGCAAUCAAGAGUACAUUCUUACAGUAUCGGACGAAACCACUUUAUGUCUCGAGUAACAAGGGUUCCAUUGGUCAUCUUCUCGGAGCUGCAGGUGCGGUAGAAAGUAUAUUCACAAUCAUGGCUUUAAGAGAGCAGAUAAUUCCCCACACGCUAAACCUGGAGACGGUCGCUGGCGCCAAAGGUGAUGAUUUCGAUACCCAGUUCAGCGGGAUCGAUUUUGUCAAGAAUCAGCCUCGGCGCGACGACGAGCUGCAUUUUGCAAUGUGUAAUAGUUUCGGGUUCGGUGGUGUAAACACAGCAUUGCUCUUUGAAAGGUGGCAGGAAUAA